UCAUUCUCUUCUCUCUCUCUUCUUCCCCCAGUCUUUCUUUCUUUCUUCCUUUCGCAAUCUAGGCAGGAAGGAGUUGCCCCAGCUUUAGGGCAUUUUUGUGAUCGCUGGAGCUCUUUUCAGAGUCCCUAAUUAUUAUAAUUGUGUCACUUUCAAUUUGGCAUGUGAUUACUAUUUGCAGGCAAGCUCUGAAAAUCCAAAACUGUCUGGAAAUUCAACAAAGCAUUGCAGGAGUCCACAAGCUCAAUUCUGCCAAGCUCCUGGAUUGUGGGUAGAUAGGAAAGGAAAGAUAGUCCUGGAACCAUUUUUAGGCCUAAAAGUGGGGUUCAAUCUUCAGCCCUUCUUUUCUCUUCCAAUUUACCCUCUAGAGGUUCCACCAGCAUUUAUAUUUUGAAAUCGUUAUUCUUCCAUCCAAAUUCAUUCUCAUUUACUUCUCUCACUAUUCUCCAACCUCUCCCUGCCAUCUUCUUCACAAAUGACUCGACCUGCUUCUUUAUUUAACCUUUUCCCUUCCCCUGGACAGGAUUGGAGUUUCGGGUAAGAAUAGAGGACAAGAGUCAAGUCCCAGGUUUUCCUGGGACGUAAAAGGGCUUGCUUGCUCUUCUGAAAAUCCCUUCUAUAGACUCCAGAUCAUUUUCCAUGUCUACGCUAAUACUUGAGAUUUCGAACCAAGACCAAGUCUGUGUUUUCCCACUCUUGGAGUCUUAUGGAAAAUCGGUUGAAAUAGUUAUUUCACGCACAUUUCCCCUUCCCCCACUGGGAAAAAAAAGCACGGGAGUUAGGGGACUAAGAGACAAGAAUGAGUUAGCAUUUUGAGCUUCAUACAUUUUAAAAGGGGGAGAUAACAUAAGAUGGGGUAAUGCCCUCCUGUAGGAAGGGUCAACUCAACACCACUCUCAAAUGAUUGUAUUUCCCCAUCUUUGCUCUUUUUCUCAGUCCCUUUUCCUCUUUCCUCAAGGGAGGAAGGCAGCCGCCAUCGCUGCCGCUGACUGCACUUCCGACUAUCGCCGGGAGGUGGCGCGCUAUGCUAAGAGGCUGCCUCGAACCUUCUCCCUGUUUCUCUCUUCGGUUUUUUUUUUUUUUUUUUUUUUUUUGGGGGAAGGCUUGCAUUGAAUCGGCCCUAACGAUUCUCAGAUCGUCAUUAUUUGUAACCAUAGAGCAUGAAUUACCUCUUGAGGUCAUCAGCGAGAAUUUACGACUGGUCAACAAAAGCACGUGAUUCCCCAACGCCCCCCCAUCCCCCCUUCUUACCCCCCCCAUAUUUGGCCGCAUACAUAGCAAAACGAAGUACAGUGCAUUGCUAUAAUUCAUUAAUACAUCAUAAAUCGUGAAGCACAGGGUUAUAACGACCACGAUCCACAAAUCAAGCCCUCCAAAAUAACCCAAAUGAGCUCUUACUUUGUAAACUCGUUCUCGGGGCGCUAUCCAAAUGGCCCGGACUAUCAGUUGCUAAAUUAUGGCAGUAGCAGCUCUUUGAACGGUUCUUACAGGGAUUCUGCUACCAUGCAUACCAGCUCUUACGGCUACAAUUACAAUGGGAUGGAUCUCAGCAUCAACCGCUCCUCAGCCUCCUCCAGCCACUUUGGGGCGGUGGGGGAGACCUCGCGUGCCUUCCCCUCGCCGGGCCAGGAGUCCCGGUUCAGGCAGGCUUCAAGCUGCUCCCUGUCCUCUCCUGAGUCCCUGCCCUGCUCCAACAGCGACAACCACGGAGGCAAGCCCUCCGCCUCGUCCCCCUCUGACCAGGCGACCUCUGCCAGUUCCAACACCAAUUUUACAGAAAUAGACGAGACCAGCGCGUCCUCGGAGCCCGAAGAAGCAAACCAGUUAAAUAACAGCAAUUUAAGCCGAGCCCAGACAGAACCCAUCGCGACCUCCACAGCGACAACGGAGGGACAGACUCCACAAAUCUUUCCCUGGAUGAGGAAGCUGCACAUUAGCCACGAUAUGACCGGCCCGGAUGGGAAAAGGGCACGGACCGCUUACACUCGCUACCAGACCCUGGAGUUGGAGAAAGAGUUUCACUUCAAUAGGUAUCUCACCCGCCGGCGGAGGAUAGAAAUCGCCCACGCUCUCUGCCUCUCCGAGCGGCAGAUUAAGAUCUGGUUUCAGAACCGCCGGAUGAAAUGGAAGAAAGAUAACAAACUGAAGAGCAUGAGUUUGGCUACGGCCGGCAGCGCCUUCCAGCCCUAAAUUCUGGAGGAGCCCAAACCCACAGCCAAUACCCCCACCUCCUAAUCCCUCCACACACAGUCAGUCUCCAGGCGCCGGCCUCUUCCUUUCUGUCGCUCUCUGUGGAUUUAGAACCGAUUCCUAACGCGGUAGAAGCGAACGCGCCACAGCGUUGCUAUGGCUUGAGAUUUUUCGUUCGGUUUUAGGUCCUCCCGUCCCUUCCUUAUCUUUCCACAAGCUCCUUGGACUGGUUAUUAUUGUUAUUAUAAUUAAUAAUUAUUAUUUCCCACCCACGCCCUCCUCUACCCUAUCAGUGUUUCUGAAUGUUCGUGUCCGUGAUUGCUUCUCCCCCCCAAAAGGAAAGAAACUCGCAUGUUUAAAUGUGAAUACCCCUCCCCCUUCUGUGUUCUAACUUAUUUAUAAAAGGAGGAUGGAUGCAUUUGCGUUUAUAACUUGAAAUCUCUGUACUUGAACUGCAGUUGGGUCUAGGUGGGGGCCUGGGAUGGGAGAGAGACGUUCAAUGGGGAUCAGAGGAAAAUAAUCUUAAAUUAACUGCCAAUUUAGGGGGGGAAAGAUAUAUAUAUAGAUAUCUGUCUCUAUAUAGAUAGAUAUCUAUAUAUAUAUUUCUUGAUUCUCUCCCUUCCUCCUCCCCUUUCCAGGCCUGGGUCUCACUCUCUGCCUAAUCCUGGGUAGGACAGAGACAGAGGGAUAGGCCUAGGAUUGGUGAGAAGACGGAUAUUAAGGUGCAAGUCUUAGUCUCAGCAGAAAAAACCCGGGCCUACGACUUUGAGAGGAGACAAAAAAAAAAAAAAAAAAAAAAAAAAAAAAUAAGGGAGGGGGAGAAGUCUGAUCAAAUGGAAAAUCUAGGUGUAUAUUAGGCCAAUCUUCAAGACCCCAGGGUGUGUAAAUAUUGGAAAAUUUAGGUUCGGGUGCACCUCUCUCCAAUCCUUCUGCCCCCAAAACCAUUUGUAGUCAGGCGAGUGGAUGUGUUCUGUGUGAAAUCUGUCUUUGCCGGACCGUCUCAGUGAUAAGCUUUUUGUAUUUGUUUGUAGCUUUUCUUGAAGUCGAAUAAAUGUCUCUCCUACUCCA